AUGGGACAAAAAAUGAAUCCACUUGGUUUCAGACUUGGUACAACUCAAAGUCAUCAUUCCUUUUGGUUCACACAACCAAAAAAUUAUUCCGCGGGUCUACAGGAAGAUGAAAAAAUACGGAAUUGUAUCAAGAACUAUGUACAAAAAAAUAGGAAAAUAUCCUCAGGUUUCGAAGGAAUUGCACGUAUAACAAUUCAAAAAAAAAUCGAUUUGAUCCAAGUCAUAAUCUAUAUUGGAUUCCCAAAUUUAUUAAUAGAGGGGCAAACACGAGGAAUCGAAGAAUUACAGAUGAAUGUACAAAAGGAGUUUCAUUCUGUAAACCGGAGACUCAACAUUGCUAUCACAAGAGUUGAAAAACCUUAUGGACAACCUAAUAUUCUUGCAGAAUAUAUAGCUUUACAAUUAAAAAAUAGAGUUUCGUUUCGAAAAGCAAUGAAAAAAGCUAUUGAAUUAACUGAACAAACGGAUACAAAGGGAAUUCAAGUGCAAAUAGCAGGCCGUAUCGACGGAAAAGAAAUUGCACGUGUCGAAUGGAUCAGAGAGGGUAGAGUUCCCCUACAAACAAUUCGCGCUAAAAUUGAUCAUUCUUCCUAUACCAUUCGAACUAUUUAUGGAGUAUUAGGUAUAAAAAUUUGGAUAUUUGUAGACGAGAAAUAA